ACGAGCGUCUGUCGUCGUGCUCCAUCCGCAUGCGAAGUAGUUCCUUCACAGGCCAGCAGAUAGCUGCUCCCCUCUCCUCCGCCCCCACCCUAUCCGUUAUCGGCCUUCGCUGGGGGCAAAGUGUGUGGACGGGGGGGAGGGGGGCAGCGGCUGCCAGCCGCCCUGGGGAGCUGCGGAGCUGCUUCAGCCGAGAGACCAGGGCCUAGGCCGGGGUGCGCCCCACGGCGGGGCGAGGGAGGGCCGCGGGCUGCCGCGUGCGUGUGGGGUGGCGCCGGGGCUGCCCCAGCGCGGUCUGCUGCGGAGGGGGUGGCCCAGGCCCACCGGGCCGCGCAGGUCCCUCCGUGGUCACGGGGGGGCUCCGAGUGGUGCUGGGGAGGGCGCCGGAAGGCUGGGGCAGCCUUAGCUCGGGAGCCCCGAGGAGCCCAGGCUGCGUGUCCAGUCGCUCCUGUUCGGGAGCAUAUCGGGGAACACCUGGAAAAGAGCAGCUGCCGGGCUGCCUACUGUUUGUACUCAGCUAAUGCACAUCUGGAUUGAAAACAGCUGUGCUUUCCUUCGACAGCUUGUGUAAAUAGUUUUAGUUCAAGAGGCUAAGAGUUCAGCUGUGGAAGGGAGACAAGUUAAAGUUAGAUGCUUCUACUGCAUUGUCAUCCCAGUCCUUUAUGUGCCUUAUAUUGGUUUGACUUUCAUGGGGAUUACACGUGUAAGUAAAAUUACACAGACGUGAUAGUCAUAGUAAUACUCUGUACGUGCUUUCUGCAUUUCACAAUCCUGUGUGUUUGUUGCAGUACAAGUUUGUGAAGUGGUGUUGCAAUAAUUUAGUGCUAGUUAAUUAACAUAUAUACUCAAAUUUGGCUUUCAGUUGUCAUUCCCUGAGAUGACAUUUUAAUAUUUAGAAUCCUGCGUUAUUUCUAGCUGCCCUGUGGAGCAUUUACAGGCAAUUAGUUUACAACUCAAACAGGAUUUUAUGCCAAAGAGAACAGCACUAUCAGGAGAAAACUUGUAUCUAAAUAGCAGAAUCUAACAGGUGCUGUGUUAUUUAAGUACUAUUGUAAAAGUAUUCCAGGACUACUUUAUAUUUUUUGAUCCAAUUUUAUAUUGGGAAUUAAUUCCCUUAUGACAAGUACUACUGUUGCUGCUAAUAAAUCCAUAUUUAUCCAAGCACAUUUGUCUUAAUAAUGAAAAGUGUUCUGAGGGUAGUUGAACCCAGAACUGUCACGAGCGUCCAGUAUGUUUGAUGUUCCAACUGCAGAACUGUUUCUGACUACAAAUGCAUUUGUGUUAAGUGUGCUUCCAAAAAAUCAGGUUCAGAGCAUUUCAACCAGGGCAUCCUCAUGCCGAUGGCCGAUCACGUAGUUCUUGCUUAUUCUUUGAGAGAUUUCAAGUGUUUUUGGUAUCUCUGGUUGUGUGGCUUACGGCACGGUACUCUCUGAUGGUGGUAACUUCUGCAGUGUUGCAUUUGCUCACAUGAGGGCGAUCUUAGAACAUUAAAAAACCCCUAAGUCUUACUGUAAGUGUAUAUAUUAAGGCACUUUUUUAUGAUGGAAAGAUACUUUGUUUAUGUGUUUAAUAAACUGAUUAUUCUAAACUGCUGCAGAUAAAUUAUUUUUUCCUAGUUAUUAGAACAUCCUUUUUAAUCCAGUUCUGAAUUUUGUAUAUUCUAGCCCAGAUAAGCGUAGGUAAACACAGUCUUCUUUUGAAGAACUUUAUUUAACUUUUUCCAGGAACGUUUGUAAAGCUUAUGUAUGUAAAAGAAAAACAAAACAAACAUAUAUGCUUUUAUUGCUUUCAUUAGCUAAAUUUCAGUAGUUUUAAACUCAAGUUGCUUUUGACAAAUCUAGUAACAGACUGGUUAAAUACAGUAGGCUUGGUUAUGGUGAGAGUGUGAGGACAUGCUUCAGACAAAGAACAGAGAUAAGAGCCUUGUGCCCUUUUCCUGUCGGGGCAGCUGUUUCAUCUUGUAGCAUGAGGCAGGCUCUGGUUUCUGGUAAUAUCUGAGACAACUCUGAAGCAAGUCAAUGUAACCUGGAUACUUAGUCUUCCAGUGACUCAGGUUAACCGUCUACAAUUGAUCUCCCCAAAAGCAGAACUCUAGCCCAUUACCGGUCCAUUUUUCUACCUUUGUAUUGGAGAUAAUGAUGUCUUUAUGUCAAAUAUUUGGAGAUUUUCUGAGGUACUGUCUUAUGUUGGUGAAAUAUUAUAGUAUUUGAAUGCUAUAGUAACUGAGCUGUCUUAAAGUCUACGUUGUGUGGUGCUGCUGUGACUUAGAAGAAAUCUAAGAAAGCAUAAGUAAUCUAGAUCUUAAUUUUGUGGCAUGCCUGACACAUCGUGUCUCUACCAGUGACUCAUGGUAGAUGUCUAAAUAAGCAAAUGUAAGAACAGGGCAAGCACACAGCGAUAUUUGUGCAGAAUACUCUCUCAAGCCUUCUUACAAGCUUGCUGAGCCCCAAAUAGUGUCUUUCCACUUACUAGUUCUUGAUGGACUUCCCUUCAAGAAUUUUAACUCCAAGUGGAUGUGUUCCCAUCUUACAGUUAUAUGAAGAACUGCUUCCUUUUGUGUUCUCUGCUUCUUCCAGUGCAGGGAGAGAUCAACUGAAAAGAGCAGACAGUAGUUUCAGAGGGAUCAUUUGCUGGUCAUCUUCUCCAUGACACACAUGACUUUGCAGUUCUUCAUUUUACUCUUUACCUUUUCUCCACCCCUCAGCUCCAUCCUUCCCAGGCAGAAAAAUUCUAAUUUAUUUAACUGCUUCUUGUAUGAAACUGUGCUGUGUUAUUGAUUGUCCUUAUCUUUAUACCUGUUAAGGAUUAAUUUUUAAUUAUUAUUAUUUUAAUUUUUCAAGUUAGAGGAACAAUAUCCAAAGAUGUAAGCCCAGUAUGGACUUUUGCAACAGUAGUCUUUUUUUCUGGUUUUUAUAGGUAUACAUGUUAUAGGACCAUCUGUUUUAUAGGACUGCCUAUAAACUCUAAGGUUUUGGUUUUCAGUAGUGCAGUUCUUAGCUUUGUUUUGAGGCUGUCUUUAAAGUGUUUGCAGGAAUUGAGAGAUGUUUCAUAGAAAACCUCUCCAAACCCUUACAGAGCUCAGCAAACUGGAAAGGUUGUUUUGCUAUGGGCUCACCUUCUUUGAAGGGUCUUUUCAUACACAAAUUACUUUUUACUACACAGACUCUCAGGCAGGCCUGUUACUGUUAAGGUGUUUCAAGAAAAUGCUGCAUUCUGCUUUUCAUUUUUCAAGUUGAUGAAAUUAUCCUUAUUAACCUGCCUUGCUGUGUUUUACUUUUAAUUUGUCACAAUUUCCAAUCUUUUUUUCCUCUUUUUAUUAAACUAAGUUUUAUAAAGAUGUUUUCUUCCACUAAAUCUUCCUUUUACUGCUAUUUAGCUGUGCCAGAUUUUUUUCUUCCCCUUUUUAAAAAUCUUUGAUGAUUAGCAUGAAAUAUGAUGCUUUUAAAUAGUCUUCAUGCUGCUUUCAAGGAUUUAACUCUUCUUGAAACCUUUUUAGUCCUUUUUGUGGUUUGUUUUUGUUUUGUAAAGAUGCUUUUAAUCUUUAUAUAGUUCAUAUUGUUGAACACAAACAUUUGGCUCUAUCACUCUUUAAAAGGAUUUUUGAGUGCUUCUUUAAUCACAGUGACAGAGUGUGUCACUUUGAAUGCGGUCCUGUGUUUUACUUCUGAUAAAGUAAAAAACUGUUUCUCCUCAUGUAGUUUCCCUGACUGCUUGCUGGGUAAAGCAGUCAUUAAUGAUGUCUGAACAUUUAAUGUUGGCAUCGCGUCCUGACCUGACACUUAACCAAUCUGCAUAAGGGUAAUUGAAGCCUGGGGUAUAUUGUGUCUGUCUUUGUAACCUCUUUUAUCCCCUUCAGUGUGUGUCACAGUCUUUCCAUUGUGGUCAGACUGUUGCUAAUGUAGUUGUAACACCGUGUUUUUCUGUGCAAUGGGAGUAUUUCAGACCUCAGGGAUUCUGUUAUUUGCUAAAAAUGCCUGUUAAUCAGGUUUGACCCUAAGCUGCUUCUAACAGAUGGCAUUGCUUCACGAACAAUACAUCCUACUUUCUGUCCUCAAUGUUUUGAGGUGGUAGUAUCCCACUGGCUUUACAACGAUAUUUUUCAGAAACUUGUUGGAAUGCAUGUCUGUCAGUAAUCCUUGUCUACAGCUAGGCGUUCUGAUUUUGCCACCCUAUUAGGCUUCUUGCAUUAUUGUAGUAAUAUGUAGAUUUAUCUUUUUAAAAGCAACUACAAAGAAAUGGAAAACAAACUCAACAAUUUGUUUCAGCUGUUGUUGUUUCCUGUAAAAAUGUUACUAACUUCUGUGUCAUCUUCAUUUGAAUAUAGUCUUUGUGAUUUACCACUGCAAGGUGAAUCACCUUCAUCUCUCCAAUCUUUUGCACUUGUCACCUACCCUUCAGUCUUUCAUUUAUAAACUUUUUCAUAAUCUCUUAAAUUUUGGGUUGAAUGAGGCCCAUUGCUCCUUUAUGUUUUGUCUCAAGUUGUAGUGUCCCUUAGGUAUGUAUGAAACUAUCAACCUAGUUCUGCUCACAACAGCACUGUCAUGCAUUCAUGUCCCAAGCACCUUAACUAGUGCUUUUUUUUUCCUGCUUUUAUUUUCUCUGUCCUAGUAUAUUUGUAUUGUAUAGAUUUUUAAGUGCAGUUUAUUUCUUAAUCAGAAACAUUCACAAACUUCACUGUAAUUUAGUCUUAUAUACUGUGUACCUCUCUGUAAUGUCUGAGAGCCUCUAUAGAUAUAGAUGACCUUGUAAACAAAACUUGUGGGCUUGUUAGAAAAAAUAUUGAAUGUGUAUGAUUAGGUUUUCCAUAAAACCAUAUUAAGGGGUAUUGAUUUUAGUAUAAUCUUUUAGUUUUUGCAGGAAUGCAUCCUAUAUCAAUGUUGCCAUAACUUACUUAAUGUUAAAAUAAAAAAUGUUUGUGGCAUUUAACUAAUGAUAAUUAAAUUGUCCUGAUUUUAGUUAGCAGCUAAAAGUGUGAACAGGCAUGGUGAGGUGCUCCUUUUCCUCGAUUGAAUGUAUUCUGUAUUGCAGGUUUUGUCUCAGUAGUCAUCCUGUGCUGGUGAAUUAAACAAAAAAUAGUUGCUAACUAUUCAGAAUAGUUCAAGUUGAGAUGAAGGAAGCCUUAAAAUAACUUUCUAUUCUCUCUGGUCUGCUGCUUUUAGUACAGUGAAUUUGUUAGUUUGGAACAUGGGAUUUCUGUGGUGCUGCUGUUCAUUAUAAUGGUAGCAAAUAGUGGCAGGUUUUAUUUACUUUUUUUUAAUGCUUACUGAGGAUGAUGCUUUUGAUUUGGAGAUAUGCCAUAACCCUGCAUAUUAAUUUCUUGAUGAAUCAAAAUAGAGAAAAUAGCAGGAAACAAGUAUUGAUUUUUUUCUUAUUUUUUUUUACUUUAUCAAAUGAAGGGAAAUAAAAUUUGUUUAUACCAGCAUCUUUAUUAAAAUGAUAACUAAAAUGUUGUAAGGUAGAGGAAAAGGUCUGGGAAAUAAAUCUAUGCCUAAAUACAGCCUUCUGAGGUUAACGUGUAUGUAAUCGAAACUUACAUUCAUUUAAAGAUCCUUUUUUGUAAGAUAGAAAAAUGCAGCUGACAGUUAUUUACAUUUUACUCAAAUUAUGAAAUAGUACUGAUUACUUGAAAGUAUUAAAAACACAUAAUCAUACAUUUCACAGUAUUUUUAAAGUAUCUUGAUUUCUUUUUAAAACAAAUUAAAGCAGAUUUUAAGUAAAAAACCCAACAACAAAAAGUAUCCUUCCAGUGAAGCAAUAAAAAUCAGAGAUACAUUAUAACAUGUUUUUGAAAAUUUCAUCUAUGUGAAAUAGCAUUGAAAAUGAAAAAAAAUCUCUGACACAUACAGAGGAAUAAGGUCUGAUGUCUAAGAAAAAUGUUUUUAAUGUAUUUGACAUCAGUAUAGUAUAUCAUAAUUCAUUGUACUGUAGGUACCAAUUCUUUCAUGUUCAGUUCAAACCAUUUUUUUUCUUGAGAAAUAAUGUUGCUUGUAUUAAACACAAAUGACUGGCUUUUUUACACGUUGCACUUAAAUUAACUGUUAUCUCAUGAUUUCCAUACUUCUACCUAAAGAAGCUGUCAAAGAAAAGUCUUCUUUAUUGUUCUUAGACACUUCAGUAUCUUACAUGCUCAGGAUUUGUGUAUGAAGAGUUCUUUAAUAAAAGCAAUAUUUUUUUUUUUUUGAAGAAUUGUGCCCACUUUUUAUUGCAUUUGAGAUUUGAACAGAAACCCUUGUAAUUUCUAAGUAAUUCUCAUGGUAAUGUAUUAUUACAUUGUUGGUAUUAUAAUGGAAAAUUUAACUCCACUGAAUAGUAGUAGUUAAUAGAGAUGUGAUCUAAUAAUUGCAGAUUUCAAGAUAAAGUGCAGGGGCAAAGCAGUGGCAAGACAGUGAGGAAGUCAGGUACUGAAGUAACAUAAAAAAAAGAUACAAGCUUGUUGGAUGGCAAUGCAGUGCUAUGCUUUGCUGGGAGAUAACACUACAAUUUGUUUCUGAUUGUAUUGUAACAUUGUGUUAGCUAGUUGUAGACUUUGUUAAAGUGUUAGAUAUUGAGAGUUUUUAUAAGAAUAAGUAUUUUGGGAAUAUUUUGAAAUUAGUGCUAGAUUUUAGGCAAGUUAUCUCUGAAUACAGUCUAGUGCUGAGAUAUAUUUAGGUGGGGCUGUAGGAUUUGUUUUGCAUUGGUCCUCAAGCACACACCACACACACGAGACGCCAACAUGGGAGGCACUGCUUGCAACAGCACCUAUGUACAGGACUCACAUAAAAUAUAAGUAGAGAGCGCAAAAUCCUCUUGAGCUGGUAGAGAUUGAAAGUCACUACUGAAGGCAUAGGCACAGCGCUCUCUGGAUUAGCAAGUGCACGUACAUUCACAGAUCCCCCAGGUAGCAGCAUGGCCCCUCUAUCCAUCUGAUACGACACCCACACACCAUGUUUGGGGAAGAUGCAGACACUUCUUGCCCCCCAGCCCUGCUGAGCCCUUUACUCAUUCCAGUCUUCCCAGUAGCUGCAUCAGUCCCAUCCCAGUGACUGGAGGCAGGGGUGGUGAAUGGGGUUGAUGAUCAGUUCAUCACACAUUGUCUCUGCUGCUCCUUCCUCCUCACGCUCUUCCCCCUGCUCCAGUGUGGGGUCUCUUGCAUGGGAGACAGCCCUUCAUGAGCUGCUCCAGAAUGAGUCCUUCCUGCAGCAUACAGUCCUUCAGGAACGGACUGCUCCAUCGUGGGUCCCCUACGGGGCCACAGGUCCUGCCAGAAAACCUGCUUCUGUGUGAGCUCCCCUCCAUGGGCCACGGCUCUUGCCAGAAGCCUGCUCCAGCAUAGGCUCUUCUCCAUGUGUUGCAGCUUCCUUCAGGGCACAUCCACCUGCUCUGGCAUGGGAUCCUUCACAGGCUGCAGGUGGAUAUCUACUUCACUGUUAAUCUCCACAGGCUGCAGGUGGAUAUCUGCUCCACCAUCAACCUCCAUGGGCUGCAGGGGACAGCCUGCUUCACCAUGGUCUUCUCUGCAGGGGAAUCUCUACUCUGGCGCCUGGAGCACCUCCUCCUCCCUCUUCACUGCCCUUGGUGUCUGCAGAGUUGUUCCUCUCACAUAUUCUCACUCCUCUCUCCCAUCUGCUGCGCAACAUUUUUUAUCCUUUCCUAAAUAUGUUAUCACAGAGACACUACCAGUGUCACUGACGGCCUCAGCUUUGGGCAGUGGUGGGUCCGUCUUGGAGCCGGCUAGAAUUGCCUUGCUCUGACACUGGGGCAGCUCCUGGUGUCUUCUCGCAGAAGCCACCCCUGCAGCCUCCCCUCCGCUACCAAAACCUUGCCGUGUAAACCAAAUACACACAGUUCCACAGACACUCCUAAAGUAUCCCAAAUCUUCCUGUUCCUGUGGUUUCCCUUUUCUUGCCAGUUACAAAGUUCAAGUGGUCUUCUCCAAAGCUGUGCCUGUGAUUUCUUGGUGUCCCAUCAAUUAGUAACUUGAGACUUUUGGUCCUUGGCAUUGUCUGUUAUCUCUUGUCUGCCAGGUUUGUGUCUCUGUGUAUUCUUGUUCAUCAUUUAUCCCAUUAACUUAUUGGCCUCCUUUGCACUGAAAAUACCCUUGAUCACAUAGCCUUAAUGAAGGCUAUCCACAUACCGUUAUAAAUGAUAAAAGGGACUAAAAUGUUGUUUAAGAAGUUGAUGUUUUUCAUCUCAUUCUUGGCUCACUACUUUCUGUUUCCUGGCUGUACCCUUGGAUGCAGAACAGGAGCACUUUCAUACAGUUGUUUUUAAGAGGGAAGGUUAAAAAACCCCAGAGUUUUCACCUAAUAAUUGAAUUUGCAACAAGUGCUGUGUGCUAUGGCGUGACUUACUCCAAAGCUGGAAAACCUGAGUGGCGAAGAGUAAGCAGUCCUGUGGACCUGCACAUCAGGUGAAGUGAUGGAGUGCCUGGGCUGCUGUGUGCUCCCUGCUGCACUGCUCCCUGUUAGCUCUUGCCGAGCUGCCCAGUGAACUGGAGCAGGGAGUGAAGUGACCUGCAGCAAAUGGGAAAUGCAGCCAGACAAUGGAGAAGGAGACAGUGUUGUGGAACUGGGAGAAGGAGAAUAGACCUGAGGACAUGAUUCUGAGCUGAAGGCAUGUGUUUCUGUUUCUAAUAAUUCUAGCAGGUUCUGUAAAGCAACUAACACUGCCACAGGGCCUUUCUUUGCAAACCUUGAUGUGCUUGUAGAUAGGAUGAUAGAAGCAAACGGAGUUUGAGAUCAAGCAUGUGAGGGACAUCUGUGGCUAAGUACGUGUAGAUCCUGUAGCUCUUUUGCUGAGGUAGAAAAUGGCAAAUCAGUGGCUUAAAUUGUGUCUUUACAGGAAGAAUUGUGCCCGCUUUUUAUUGGACUUGAGAUUGCUGGAGAAGAGACGUGGUGGUUUUCUCUAUGGUGUAACUGAGUGUUAACCCUAGAAAUAAAGAUACAGUUUCUUACUUAAUCUGAGUUAAGAAUACUUCAAUCUUCUGGAAGUAUUCAGUAAGACAUUGUCUGGUAGCUGUACAGUAUAAUAUGCCCAAUGAAGACUAUGGUAGCUUUAGAUCUGACCUGUCUAAAUCUUGUGAAACCUGGAAGUUAUGUUUACUAUUAAGAUUUUAAGCUAAGAACAAGUACUGUUGGAUUCAAACCAGGCCUCAACAGAAAGAGACAAAGUUCUUGUAGCUGCAAGAAGGAAGGUUGGAAAUAGAAGUACCAGUUAACACGAGUAGUUAUGUUGAAAGCUUGAAAGUAUGUAGUAAGGAACAGGGAGAGAGAAGAGAGUCUGGUAGAGAGCAUGGCAUAAGAGAUGCAGGGGAGAGAAAGGGAAAGGUUAAAAAUGCAUGAUAGGAAGUGGGGGGGGGGGGAAGAAUUGGAAGCAAACACUUGUAUAACUUGAGAGAUAAAGGAGUUACUAAACUGAAAAUAAAGUUUACAUUACAUAUGCUGAAGAUGGGAGGAAAUCUUUUAGAUUUAACAUACUUUAUUCUUUUCCUCACUCUAUCAGCAUUACUAAUAGUAAUACAAUCACAAAUACUUAAUUGUCAUUAAAAAAACCCAACAAGAUAAAGUCCUAGUCUAAGAAUGAUGUAUAAGAUUUUUAAUUGCAGAAAGUUCUUCUUGUUAAGGAUUUGAUGGUGAUGAGACAGCAAGGUUUGUUUCAGCUCUGUUGUAAGUUUAGAAGGAAAUAAGUUGAAAUUCAUAUAUUCAUAUUCUGAGCUUUAUUGCUCUAUCUUGUAGGAAGGUUGACCAGGUGCGUAAGUAUGAGUACUAUUGACUUUGUUACUCCACAGGCCCAUAAAUAUCCAGUGAAUUUUUAUUUUUGUAUUUAACUACAGAGUUCUAGCUCCUUUUAACAGUUGCAGAACUUCAAAUGCUAUUAUAGAAGUUUUAACUAUUGCCUACAUUGAAAAGAGUGGUGAAAAGUUUCGGAUAUAUUAGAAUAAUUUAUGGCAUUUGAUUCCUUGCCUCUGUGUUUCAUGAUAAUAGUUAUUUAAAAAUAAAACAAUACCCAACCCCUAGCCUACCUUUUAUGCAAAAUGAAAGGUUUUGAUUAGUUAAGAUUAACUCUGGAGUAGGUUUUGUCAUACAAUGAUUGAAAGUAUAUGUGGCAAUAAUAUAUUACCUGAUUCCCUUAAAUACUGUUGAUUUCAGUGAUUUUUCUGAGAUAAGUGCUUUCUCUCCCUUUCUGUCCUUCCCACUCCAACUUUAAAGCAAAACAGCACAGGUACUGUUUUACCCUUUGUGAAGGGGAUUGGGAAUAAGGGAACCUGCUUAGUCUGCAGUUUGCUAUUGGUAACCCAUUUGUUAAUCUCCCCAUGCUGUAUACAUGCAUAAAGAAAAAAAAAAAAAGACUAAUUAAGAAAUAUGCUGAGAUCUUUGGAAGAUUUAGGAAAAAAAAUUGAAAUGGCUGCACUUACAUUAUAGCUUAAUUUUCCACUUUUCCAUUUAAGAAGAAAAUGACUGGUAUUAUUUAUUUCAGUGUACACUUAGCACAGUUUAUAUGGGCAAACUGAAGAUAAUGAAUUAACACAAAGCAUGUUCAGUGAACGGAAUGUUCCAAAUUGGUUUUGGCUGAAAUUCCUGUUGUUUGUUUACCUGCAUACUUGAUUACUGUUCCUUUCUUUCUCUGCAUAUUUAAUUGCUGUCUAAUUAAUUGCUCUGUUGAUUUCCAACAUAAUUAAUUAUUCACUAAUUAAUCAUCGAUUCCCUGCAUAGUUAAUUAACUUAUUGCUUAUUUGAUUUUUACACUUAAUUGACUAUAAUUCAUUGCUCUUUUGCUAUACCACCUAAUUAGCAACUGGUUAAUCAAUUAUGAUUUGCUUACUCCUAAUCUAGUUGUUUAGGACCAUGAUCAGCAUGGUUUAUCCUCUGCUUUAUGACCUCCUUUUCCAGUCAUUCUUCCUAAAAUAAUUUCUUUACUCAGUUUUGUUUCCAUCUCAUCUCUGAGCAAAGCACAUGCAUCUUCUGCAUAUUCUCCUGAUGCUUUCUGUGCCUUCACUAGCACUCACGCUGUUCUCUGCCACCUGGUCUGUUUUAUUACUCAUGGUUUUAUUACUUUGUGUGAAUCCUGAAAGCUUGUCAGAAAAAAAAGCUUAAGCAAGAGUUUGUGUAAUCGGUCACUUUAAAUAACCAAGCAGACUUUUGCGGAAUCGUCUUGCUCAUCUGCCUCUCUCCAAGUCCUCACUGGGAGGAGCGAGAGAUAAAGUGGUGUGUGAGGACUGAUUAAAACUAUUGGAGGAGGAGACAGGAGACACAAAGCAGUGAGCCUGAAUUUUUAGGGAAAACAACUGGCAGAUCAGGAAGCAGAAACAGUGGCAAAUAAAACCUCGAAAUAGAAGUGUCAGCUAAAUCAUGGAAUUGCAAUGUUCAUUGUUACUUAAACCUUUGGAAAAAUGCUCAUAGGUUCUGUAGUGUGAAUCUUAGAAGUGCAUUUGCAUUUAGAGAGAACAGUUGUCAUCCACUGGGUCAAUAACAGAUUUCAUUCCCUUUUGUAAAAAACGAAUAAUACUAACUGGAGCAGAACUAGUUCAAAGGAACAGAUUCAAAGGAACGUUUCCAUUAUAAACGUACUGCAAUCAAAAUAGAAAUGUGUGUGUGCUGGAGACAGAAGAAUGCCUGAGAAUGAACCCUACUGAGUUCCUGAGAACACGGGUCAAUUCCAUCUUCAUGUGUAAGCUUUGUAACUUGUUUUCACCAAAUCAAUCUGAACUAUUGUCUCAUGUCUCUGAGAAGCAUACAGAAGAUGGGACCAAUGUGGAUGACAUCAUUAUUCCACUCCAACCUCUAACAGUACCCACAAACAUAAACAAAGAUGGAGAAGAGCUUCUUGUUGUGAAGAGGAAAAGGGGCAGACCAAAAGGGUCUACUAAGAAGUUUUGUGUGGAUGAAGAUGUGGCAGAAAAUAACCCUGUUCCAAGUGAAGAAACUUCACCUGGGACAGAAGAAGGUCUGGAGCUGUCUGAAGUCUCACCAGGCAGCUUGGAAUGUAGGAAAUGCAAUCGGAAGUUCUCCAACACACGUCAGCUGAGGAAACAUAUCUGCAUCAUUGUUUUAAAUGAAGGAGAGGAAGAAGGAGAUGGAGGUAAUGAUUCUGACGUUGACCUUGACAGGAAGGAAGAUGAGCGAGAAAAAACUCCAAAGAGGCCCAGAGUUCAGAAAACAGAGAAAACUCCAUCAACUAAGGAGACUGAACAGGUUUCAGGAGCUAAAAAUCCUAUUAUAAGUGUGGUUUUGACAGCCCAUGAAGCUAUUCCAGGAGCCACAAAAAUUGUUCCUGUUGAGGCUGCUCCCCAAGAAAGUGAACCCACAACUCCAGAGGCAACUGUUCAGGACCCCUCACAACGAAGAGGAUAUCAAGAAUAUGCCAUUCAGCAAACCCCCUAUGAACAGACAAUGAAAUCUAGCAGGUUGGGUCCAACUCAACUGAAGAUUUUUACUUGUGAAUACUGUAACAAGGUGUUCAAAUUUAAACACUCCCUCCAAGCACAUUUGAGGAUUCAUACAAAUGAAAAACCUUACAAGUGUUCAUACUGCAGCUAUGCCAGUGCAAUCAAAGCCAACCUUAAUGUUCACAUGCGGAAACAUACAGGGGAGAAGUUUAGCUGCGAUUAUUGUACAUUCACUUGUCUCAGCAAAGGCCAUCUCAAAGUCCAUAUUGAAAGAGUUCAUAAGAAAAUUAAGCAGCAUUGUCGCUUCUGCAAAAAGAAAUACUCAGAUGUUAAAAAUUUGAUCAAGCACAUCAAGGAAACACAUGACCUUCAAGAUAAAAAAGUUAAAGAUGUUUUUGAUGAGCUUCGCUUGAUGACACGAGAGGGCAAAAGACAACUUCUUUAUGACUGCCAUAUUUGUGAACGCAAAUUCAAAAAUGAACUCGAUCGAGACCGUCACAUGCUUGUUCAUGGUGAUGAAAGGCCCUUUGCUUGUGAGCUCUGUGGCCAUGGAGCCACUAAAUACCAAGCUCUUGAGCUUCACGUGCGAAAACACCCAUUUGUUUAUGUGUGUUCUGUGUGCCUGAAGAAAUUUGUUAGUUCUGUAAGACUCCGUGCUCACAUCAAAGAUGUGCAUGCAGAUUUGCAGGAGACUUCUGUUUUUAACAGUUCUAUCAAUCAGAGUUUCUGCCUCCUUGAGCCAGGAGGUGAUAUCCAGCCAGAAGCCCUUGGUGAACAGCUUGCACAAAGUGCAGAUGAAUUGACUGUCACGAGUACUGAUGCUAUUAACACACCACAGCCAUCUGCUUGUAAAGGUGAAUCAGCAGCUGCAGAUGUAAACCAUAAUGGUCAACGUAACGGUGACUUAAAAAUUGAUACAGUCCCUUUGUUAGAAUUUGAAAAUUCUACAGUGGAGAAUGUAACGGAGACGCUAUGUCAGACAACAGAUAUAGCAGUCCCAAACAUUCAAUCCUGUGUAGCAUCAGAUUGCUUUUUGCUGAAAAACAGUACUUCUGGUUCCGAUGAGUUAAAAGUUUCCUCUGCAAGUGAAGAAGUAGUUAAUCACGGCAGUUCAGUAAAUGAGCAGGGUGAAGAAAUACAGCUUCUGCUGUCUGAAGACAAAAGUUUAAAUCCGAGUCAGGACAAUGGAAUGACUGAGAACCUUCCACUCUCUGAAGAGAGAAAUCAAUCUGUUCCUUCUAGUGAAUCAGAAGCAAGCAAUCCGCCAAUUCAAAAUUCAGCAGAAACCGCAAACCCUUUGCCAGCACCAGAAGCUAAUGCAGCCAUCAGUCCACAGCCAGCCUCUUCUAAUGCAGCUACAUCAGACAGUGGGAGUGGAGCUGUGGCCUUUAUGCAGAUCUUGGAUAGUUUGCAGAAGAGACAAAUGAACACGGAGUUGUGUGAGAGGAUAAGGAAAGUUUAUGGAGACUUGGAAUGUGAAUAUUGUGGCAAGUUGUUUUGGUACCAAGUGCAUUAUGACAUGCAUGUUCGUACGCACACUCGAGAACAUUUAUAUUACUGCUCCCAGUGCAAUUAUUCUUCCAUCACCAAAAACUGCCUUAAGCGUCACGUCAUUCAGAAACACAGUAAUAUUUUGCUGAAAUGUCCCACGGAACAUUGCGACUACUCUACUCCAGAUAAAUACAAGCUCCAGGCACAUCUUAAAGUUCACACAGAGCUGGAUAAAAAGAGUUAUUCCUGUCCUGUGUGUGAGAAGUCAUUUUCUGAAGAUCGACUUAUAAAAUCGCACAUCAAGACAAAUCACCCUGAGGUUUCAAUGACUACUAUUUCUGAGAUUCUUGGCAGAAGAGUUCAGCUGAAAGGACUUAUUGGAAAACGAGCUGUGAAAUGUCCCUACUGUGAUUUUUAUUUUAUGAAGAAUGGAUCAGACCUUCAGCGUCAUAUUUGGGCUCAUGAAGGUGUCAAACCCUUCAAAUGUUCUCUCUGUGAGUAUGCCACUCGCAGCAAGAGUAACUUGAAAGCCCAUAUGAAUCGUCAUAGCACUGAGAAAACACACCUUUGUGAUAUGUGUGGGAAAAAAUUCAAAUCAAAAGGCACUUUGAAGAGCCAUAAACUCCUUCAUACUGCUGAUGGAAAGCAGUUUAAAUGUACGGUGUGUGACUAUACAGCUGCCCAAAAACCGCAGCUCCUACGUCAUAUGGAACAACAUGUCUCUUUCAAGCCUUUCCGUUGCGCACAUUGCCACUAUUCCUGCAACAUAUCUGGUUCCCUGAAGAGGCAUUACAACAGAAAGCAUCCUAAUGAAGAGUAUGUAAAUGUCGGUUCUGGGGAGCCAGCAGCAGAAGCUCUUCUCCAACAAGGUGGCAUUAAAUGUCCUGUUUGCAGCUUUGUGUAUGGUACAAAAUGGGAGUUCAACAGACAUCUUAAAAACAAGCAUGGAAUGAAGCUAGUGGAACAUGAUGGGGAGACCAAGUGGGAGUUAACUGCUGAAGUUUCUGAAGAAGCAUCCACUCAGUAUCUCCAUAUCACAGAGGCUGGAGAAGAUGUUCAAGGCACUCAAGCUGCCGUAGCUGCAUUGCAGAACCUUAGAUAUACUUCUGAGAAUGGUGAAAGACUUGAUCCAACAGCUGUAAACAUCCUGCAGCAAAUCAUUGAGUUGGGUUCGGAAACCCAUGAUGCCACUGCAGUUGCUUCUGUCGUUACCAUGGCACCUGGCACUGUGACAGUGGUAAAACAGGUAAAAGAAGAGGAGCAAUCAGCCAAUCACACUUUGAUGAUUCAAGAGACACUGCAGCAGGCUUCAGUGGAGCUGUCUGAGCAGCAUCACCUGGUCGUCUCAUCGGAUGAAGUGGAGGGAAUUGAGACAGUGACUGUCUAUACGCAGGGUGGAGAGGCUUCAGAAUUCAUAGUUUAUGUUCAGGAAGCUAUGCAGCCUGUAGAAGAACAAACUGUGGAACAAUCGGUGCAGGAGCUCUAGAGAACAGUGUUCAAAGGAGAUGGCUACUUAAUUAGCCAAAGACAGAAGUUUAGGUUGUUGGGGUUUUUUUUUCCUAACACAGCCAAAGGCAAGCAAGCUGACAAAUCUUCAAUUAAUUUGUGAAGCAAGACCUUGUUAUUAGAUAGUGGUCUGGCCGUUUGGAAUGUAUCAGUAACUUGGAUGUAUUACAUACCAAACCUCUUCAGAUUUCUUUUUUUUCCCCUAAAAAAUGUUUAUAUUUUGAGGAAAAAGUAUUCUUUCCCUUCUAAGAAGAUCUCUCACUUGAUUCUUGAAAUCCCCCAAAAUAUUGUCUGUUCAAAAGCAUGUUAUCCCACAGUACUAAAACAUCUAUAAUGGUAGCUAGAAUCUCUAGAAAAGUCCAUACAUCCCAUUUUAUACAUACUUAAUAAGUGCUUGUCUUCACUGGAAGCAGGGUUGGGUUUUUGGUUUGGUUUUUUGUUGUUGUUGGUUUUGGGGUUUUUUUUAAUUAGAAGAGUUGCCUAUUUCUGAGUACCUGCUUAGAAAGUGUUUGCGGAGUUGUGGAUCUAACCAAAACAAAGGCUCAAGACUUUAAUUAGAAACAUGCCACAGAUGGACUGUAGUUUGUAUUUGUGAGAUGAUCCUUUGAGUUUGGGAGGUAUUUAAAGCCAUAUAUGAUAAUUCUGGGUAUCAGUAGGAUGACUUAUUUAGAUAACUGAAUAAUGUUAACUCUUUCCAUCCCACUGGAAAAAUACCUGUCCAGUACCGUAUGAUGAAACCAAAUCUGUCAAAUCAAUGAAAUAGUCUUUUGUUUUUAAGAAAAAAAAUCUAUUCAAAUUAUUUGUAAAUGCUAUAAAAGUUGUAUGUUCAUAUGUUUUAAAAAUAUACACUUGUAAAUAUGAUUGUGUGAAAGAACUUGUACAAAAAAAUUAAAUAUUGACAAGAAUCUAGAUAUUCUUAAUUAUGCAUGUAUAUAGUUCCAGAUUUUUCUUCAUGAAUCUUGAAUUGUUUCUGAUUUAAUAUUUUUAAAUUUGAGCUAUAAAAGUUAUUAAUUAAUAACAAAGUUGUCAUGUUUUCUUCUAGUUCUCUAAUUUCUUAAGUGUUGGCUUCCCUUUCAGGACUAAGUAAAAAAUGCUGUUUUGCAUUGA